UUUUCCAAAGUCAGAGAAUGAUGCACAGCAUAUUUCUACAACUGACUUCUCCUCACAGGGAGGGAAAAAGGUCUUGGCAGGGCAGGUUUCUAAUCAGCCCAGUGUUAUAUCACAUGGCUGGUCUUACUCUGAGCUCUAGAGGCGGAGAUCCAGCCCACUCAAGGCACUGAAAUCGGAUUUCUGGAAGGUGGAGAGAAGUGAUGUAAAAUCACCAGAGGCAACAUUCGACCAAGUGUUGAGUGGGGCGGGGGUGGGUGGGGUUCUCAUGAAUUAAUGUCAUCGCUGCAGGAGGGGUUUGGGGAAAAUAAAGAGCCUAAUAGUCCCGCUGUUCACUGUGCGUUCAUGUGGAGUCAAGUAACAAGGCAGAGUGAAACAGAAAAGUCAAGAGCUGUUCUCCAAAUGGACGUGUUUGCAGUUCCAGGUGACAGGCAUAAAGGAUGGUACCUUUCUUUAAUGGCUCCCAACACAAAAGGACCAGAGUUCGCCUGGCUGGACCCGUCCAGACUUUACUGCAACUCCCAGGCUCUUGCAGACUGUGCCAAAGACCUUCUCAGUCCUUUCCAAAGUGACAACAUUGACUUGGUUGCUGGCAUAGAUGCAAUGGGAUUCAUUCUUGGGGCUUCUGUUGCCACCGCUCUUGGAAAAGGUUUCCUGGCUGUUCGCAAAGCAGGCCACUUAUGUGUCGCCACCCAAGGCCAAAACUACACCGACUAUACAGGCAAAGAAAAGACUAUGGAAGUAAGACUGGAUGUGCUAAGACCAGGUUUGAGGGUGUUGUUAGUGGACCAGUGGAUAGAGACUGGGGGCACAAUGAAGGCUGCCAUUCAGCUGGUAGAGAAACUGGGAGCCACAGUUGUAGGCGUCGCAGCUGUGGCCAUCGAGAACACCGAAGGAGGGAGGUGGAUUAAGGAAAACUACAAAUUCUCUCACUGCAUACCCGAAGAGCUGCAGAGCCAAAUUGAUGGAAAAUACCUCGACUCCUUCAAAACCGCCAACAACUGAACAAGUUAACGUGAUUCCUUAAAGGUUCAGCAAAGAAGGCAAAGCAUAGUGAAAUUUUAUAAUACAUGUAUAGAUAUAUUUUUUAAGAAAUACAGUGGACUCACAGAAUAGCUGGCUUUUUUUAGAUUUAGUUCUAUUUUAAAUAACUGAAACAAUUUCUAUUCUAUUUUUUAAUGUCCUAACAACAUGUAAAGCUCACCAUUGGAAAAUAAAAAAUAUGAAAACCACAUCAGUUUUCAUACUGACCAUUAAAUUCUGUGAUAAAUUUGAUUGUAAACAGAAAAAAAUAUACCUUUCAAGUAUCUUCAUUACAAAUAUGGCUCCCAGUCUUUGGUCUGGGACCUCAGCGUGCGAUGGAUAAACGGAGAAGAUGAUGAACAAGAUAUAAAAACAAGAACAAAUUUUCUUUUUAGCCUCUAACAAAUAUAACUGGUCACUUAAAUGCAAUGAAAAAAGAAAAAAAAAGAAGAACAGAGCCAAAAAAAA